CUGUAUAUAAUCCAAUCAGUCUGUGCAUUCGGUUUUUUGAGGGAAGGAAAGGAAUUUGUCAAGAAUUUAUCCCCGAAAAGUAAAGGCUAAAAAAGUGUUAUUUCUUGUGUACUUGUGACUUUAGGGGUUUCGGCGUCAUUUUCUGAUACCUUUACGGUGCUAGGAAUUCUAAUCUUGUCAUUUUUAAGGUUAUUAGAAAGUGGUCAAAGUUCGCUAUGUCGGCACUACGAAAGAAUGUAAACUUUAAACUCUUCACUGUUAACUCGUCUCAGCGCUAUCCUCAACUUAGUUUGCGAAGAAACUUAAACCUUCAGGAAUACCACAGUAAGGAUCUUCUAAGGAAACAUCAAGUUACUGUUCAAGAUUUUCGGGUUUUGGACACAAGUCUGGAUAAGAAACCUCUUUCGGAUUUUAAGGCUAAUGAAUACGUAGUAAAAGCACAAAUUCUAGCUGGAGGUAGAGGCAAAGGACACUUUGAUAAUGGAUUCAAAGGAGGUGUGCACCUUACCAAAGAUACUAAUGAAAUAAUGAAAUUAGCUCGAAGUAUGAUUGGCCACAAAUUGAUAACCAAACAAACACCAAAAGAAGGUGUCCAAGUUGAUAAAGUAAUGGUAGCAGAAAGUGUUAAUAUAAAAAGGGAGACCUAUUUUAGUAUUGUUAUGGAAAGGAGUUACAAUGGUGCUGCUUUGGUUGCAUCGCCAGCUGGAGGUAUGGAUAUUGAAACAGUUGCCGAGGAGACACCGCAUCUCAUGAAGAUUGUUCCCAUUGACAUUUACGAGGGAGUAUCUGACAAAACUGCCAAUGAAAUAGCAGAGUUCCUAGAAUUCAAAGGUGACCUGAAGCAAAAGUGUGCAGAUGAAAUUAAGAAACUAUGGCAAUUAUUCUUAAAGGUAGAUGCUACACAACUUGAAAUAAACCCUCUAGUAGAGACUGAUGAUGGAAGAGUUGUAGCAGUUGAUGCUAAAAUUAAUUUUGAUGAUAAUGCAGAAUUCAGGCAGCCAGAAAUUUUUGCUUUGGAUGAUGUCACUGAAAGUGAUCCACGAGAGAGAGAGGCAGCAUCACAAAAUCUGGUAUACAUUGAUAUGGAUGGCAGUAUAGGAUGUAUGGCCAAUGGUGCUGGCCUUGGAAUGGCCACUUUGGACUUAGUCAACUUGAAUGGUGGAAAACCAGCAAAUUUCUUGGAUCUUGGUGGUGGAGUUGGUCCUUCACAAGUUGCGACUGCAUUGAGAAUCUUGGAAUCUGAUCCCAAAGUCAAAGCUAUUUUUAUAAAUGUUUUUGGUGGAAUAGUUAACUGUGCUACAAUUGCGAAUGGAAUAGUAACUGCUUGCAAACAAAACCCUCCAAAACUUCCAAUUGUUAUACGACUUGAAGGCACAAAUUCAGGGGCAGCAAGGCAAAUUCUAGAGCAAUCUGGAGCACCUGUCACAAUCAUGGAUAAUGUUGAUGAGGCAGCAAAAAUAGCAGUUAAGUUGGCAGCCACCUCAAAGUAAUGAUUUCUUGUGUACCUUUGUAGUCUAUAUAGGUACCUAAUUGUUUUUGUAGUGUUAGAUGAAAAAUCUUAGCAUUUCAAAACCAUGCCAUUAUCUUCCAAUUUGCCUUAUUGUACUUUAUAAGUUAGUUUUGAUAGGUACUAAU